GGCCUUUGCUUUUUCUCACGCUGCCUCCACACACUGUGCUGUCAGCUACGCGAGAGAGUAAGGCGUUCCAACUCCUUCGUUUGCGGCGGCGGCGGCUGCGUUUUCUCCCCGCCUCAAUCAUUUCAUCUUCAUAUUCUCUGGUUUGCUACAUUUCAUUCUGAAUCAAUAUGGCCAAUGGUCCAGCGCCAUUUUCUGAGAUUGGCAAAAGGGCUAGAGACCUCUUGUACAAGGAUUACAAUUUUGAUCAAAAGUUUAGCCUGUCAAUUCCAAGCUCAACUGGAUUGGGCCUCGUAGCUACAGGGUUGAAGAGGGAUCAAAUUUUUAUUGGUGACAUAAAUACGCUUUACAAGAGUGGAAAUACUACAGUGGAUGUGAAAGUUGAUACAUACUCUAAUGUAUCUACAAAAGUGACUGUGAAUGAUGUCUUCCGUAGUACAAAAGCAGCUUUGAGCUUCAAUAUACCUGAUCACAAGUCAGGAAAGCUGGAUGUGCAAUACCUUCAUCCUCAUGCAGCCAUUGAUUCUAGUAUUGGUUUGAAUCCAUCCCCUCAAUUGGAGCUUUCAGCUGCGAUUGGCAGCAAAGAUAUUUGUCUGGGUGCUGAAGUUGGAUUUAAUACAACUUCUGCUUCAUUCACAAAAUAUAAUGCUGGAAUCGCCUUCAAUAAUCCAGAGUUCUCUGCAGCACUUAUGCUGGCUGAUAGAGGACAGUCCCUGAAGGCCUCUUACAUUCAUUAUGUGGAUCGUCCGGAUGGAUUUACAGUUGCUGCUGAAAUCACUCAUAGGUUUUCCUCUUUUGAGAACAGAUUUACCAUUGGGAGCUCACAGUCAAUAGAUCCAAACACAGUUUUAAAGACUCGAUUCAGUGAUGAUGGCAAAGCUGCCUUCCAAUGUCAACGAGCGUGGAGGCCAAAUUCUCUUAUAACCUUGUCCGCUGAAUAUGACUCUUCGAAGAUCUUUAGUUCAUCCACCAAGCUCGGUCUUGCUCUUGCUCUCAAGCCUUAACGGCGGUCUGCCAAAUUAAUCUUAUUUGGUCGGUGACUUUACCCUUCCAUCAUUUUACAUUGUUUCCAAAGUCCAUGGUGGGUUAUUUUAAGCCCUGUCAUAUCAUAAGGUAAACCAAAGGAAUUAGUUAUAUUUGUGAAAUCUUCUAAAGCGGCGAGGGGAAAGAGGACCCAGUUUUGAAAUACUUACAUAAUGGCUAGAGUUUUUGUAGCUGAUUUAUAAUACUUCCAUUCAAUAUCUAGCAUGUGAUUUUGGGGCCAAAUUCGAUUAUUGGAUAUAGUGACUCAUGGUCAGGUGGAUUGUGGAAGCCUGAGGUCUAAUUUCAUCAUUUUCACUUAAUAUAUUGUCAUAUGGCUCAACCGUGGGUCUAAUUUU